AUGUCAGCUCGUUCUCUAUCUGUGUUCCUGCGUAUGUUUAUUAAUAAUGGAUCUUCAUUAUUAACUUCUAGAAGCGUUGCUGAAAUGCAAACAAUAGUGGGUGGAGAUCUCCUCCCUUAUUAUAUUGAUGACUUCAAUAGUAAUUCUACGGGAAUACGUCAAUCACUUAAGUUUGGACUUGGUUGGCAUUGGCAAACAUUGAAUAAUGGUCAUCGAUAUGUUGGACAUGGUGGUGGCUUGCCAGGCAUGACACAUUUGAUGCUCGUUGAUAAGACAAAAAGUAUUGGUGUAAUUCUUCUCUCGAAUGGAGAUACAUUUCUGUCAAUUGAUUUAUCGAAGAAACUCUGUCAAACAAUUUUAGAUAUUCAUAUCAGACUCUUCCAAUGUUUUGAAAAUACUAUUGUCAAUGAAUAG